AUGAUAGAGAUCGAAACUGCUUGUGCAGCAGCCUGCCGGCAGGAAUACGGUCCACCCAUGGUCUACUUCAAAGAAAGGAUAUUUCACCAGCCACAACCAGGCGCUCAGUAUCCAAAGAGAUCUCUCAGCAGGAAUCGUUCUAAGCUUCCGAUGUCUCUGAAAGGUCUCUUUAAUGGAGGAAUGAAGAGGGCGUCAUGGUGCAACUCAGUUGACUGCUUCCGUUGUCCAUGGAACCAAUGGCCAAACACAGAAAGGACAAGAUGCCUUCAAAAAAACAUAGAGUAUCUCUCUUACGAAGAACCACUGGGGUCAACCUUAUCUUCUAUCAGUGUUGCUUCUUCUUUGAUCCCAGUUGCAAUCUUAAAGCUUUUAGUCCAUCAUAAGGCUACCCCUAUAGUAAAAGCCAGCAACUACUCCUUAAGUUGCCUUCUUUUGGUUUGUUUAUCCUUGUGCUUCCUUUGCCCUUUGGUUUUUAUCGGUUAUCCCCAACCACUGAAGUGUCUUCUCCGCCAGGUUACAUUCGGGAUUGUUUUUUCUCUUUGUAUUUCUUGUGUUUUAUCAAAAACGAUAAUGGUUGUUUUGGCUUUCUUGGCCACUAGGCCAGGCUGCACACUUCAGAAAUUCACCAGCCACCAUUUUUCUUACACAAUCAUUUGUGUAGUCCUCCUCAUACAGUUUAUGAUAUGUGCAAUCUGGUUGUCCUUUACACCUCCCUUUCCACAGUACAAUAUAACUACUUACCCUGGGGUCAUAUUAAUUGAGUGCAAUGAAGGAUCGAUCUUUGCUUUUUGGGUAAUGUUGGCAUAUCUUGGUCUGUUAGCCUUCAGCAGUUUUAUUGUUGCGUUUCUAUCUCGAAGUCUUCCUGACGUCUUUAAUGAGGCCUCCUACAUUACGUUCAGCAUGUUGACCUUCCUAAGUGUCUGGAUCUCCUUUAUCCCAGCAUCCCUCAGUGCUCAAGGCAAAUAUACUGUGUCCAUGGAAAUCUUUGCUAUGUUAUUUUCCAGUUGGGCUCUGGUCAUCUUUAUGUUCUUUCCUAAAUGUUUCAUUAUGCUUUUCCAACCUUCUAUGAACUCCAGAAACUAUUUAAAGGAGAAGGGAGUAAAUCAAACACAUAUUGCAAAAAAAUUAUAAACCGGGCAUGUAAAUACCGAAAAAUGUUCAAUGUUGUACUUGGUCUGGCUUUCAUAAAAGUCUAUGAAUGUUUCUGUAUAUUAGUCCUGCUUUUUCCGCCUAUACUAGUCCUACCAGUCCCCACAUUGUUCUCUUUGCACCUCCUAUGCACUUUCUAUUGCACAGUUAGUUGCAUCUUAUUUCUUUUUAUUCUUUAUAAUGCUUGACAUUUUAUUUUCCCUAA